AUGAAGGGGGACUCCGAGGAAAGCAUCGAGAGCAUCCGGCCUUCAAACCUGCAAGCCUUCGCCAACAUGUCCACUCUACAUGGCAUGAGCCACAUCUUUGCCUACGGGCACAUGACGUUUCGCCGCUUCCUGUGGACGCUCUCCUUCCUGGGCUCGUUGGCCUUGCUUAUGCUGGUGUGCAUGGACCGCGUGUCCUACUACUUUGAGUAUCCCCACGUCACCAAACUGGAUGAGGUGGCAGCGCCCAACCUCACCUUCCCUGCUGUGACCUUCUGCAACCUAAACGAGUUCCGCUUCUCCAAGAUCACCAGGAACGACCUGUAUCACGUGGGGGAGCUCCUGGCCCUCCUGAACUCCAACUACCAGAUAGCCAACACUCAUCUGGCUGAGCCUGAGGUGCUGGCCGCCCUCAAGGAUAAGGCCAACUUCCUCAACUUCAAGCCCAAGCAGUUCAACAUGACAGACUUCUACAACCGCACGGGCCAUGAUAUCAGUGACAUGCUGCUGCAGUGCACGUUCCGGGGAUCGGAGUGUUACCCAUGGAACUUCAGUACCAUUUACACGCGGUAUGGGAAAUGCUACACCUUCAACUCUGGCUUGGACGGCAACCCGUUGUUGACGACGUUAAAAGGCGGGACAGGAAACGGGCUGGAGAUCAUGCUAGACAUUCAACAGGAUGAAUAUUUACCUGUUUGGGGAGAGACAGACGAGACCUCGUACGAAGCAGGCAUCAAGGUUCAGAUCCACAGCCAGGACGAGCCUCCUUUCAUUGACCAGCUGGGAUUUGGUGUGGCCCCUGGUUUUCAAACUUUUGUGUCAUGUCAGCAGCAACUGCUUCAGUACCUCCCUCCCCCUUGGGGAGACUGCAAGUCCACUCCCAUCGACUCUGAGUUCUUCUCCACAUACAGCAUCACAGCCUGCCGUAUCGACUGUGAGACACGCUACCUGGUGGAGAACUGUAACUGCAGGAUGGUCCACAUGCCGGGGACCUCAAUGGUAUGCACACCCGAGCAGUACAAAGACUGUGCAGACCCAGCUUUAGACUUCUUGGUAGAAAAGGACAAUGACUACUGUGUGUGUGAGACACCAUGCAACAUGAUACGCUAUGGCAAGGAGCUGUCCAUGGUGAAAAUACCCAGUAAAGCCUCUGCCAAAUAUCUGGCCAAGAAAUUCAACAAAACUGAGCAAUACAUCGGAGAAAACGUACUAGUUCUGGACAUCUUCUUUGAGGCGUUGAAUUAUGAGAAGAUUGAGCAGAAGAAAGCGUAUGAAAUUGCAGGGUUGCUUGGUGACAUCGGAGGUCAGAUGGGUCUGUUCAUUGGAGCCAGUGUUUUAACGAUACUGGAAAUAUUCGACUACUUAUAUGAGGUAUUUAAGGAUAAGGUUUUGGGUUACUUCAUGCGCAAGAAGCGACCACAGCGUUGUCCGAGCGACAAUCUGGUAAUUUGA